AUGCUUGUGAUAAGUCGAAGACAUGUAAUCGCGAAGGCCGCUGAAACAAUCGGUCUACGAGUAAACGGUCAUCAGCUUGAACAUCUGCCGUUGCAGUAUCGGAUGGAAAGUAGAAUACGCUGCCACACUCACAAACAGUGCCAUGGACAGGCGUUGUGCAUUCGUGGAAAAUGCAAAGCAGCCCAACCGGGUACCGGUGGCGAGUGUGAUCCUGCAGCUUCGCAGUUUUGCCCAAAGAACGAGGUUUGCAAGUUUGGUAUUUGCCUGCAGGUUUCAGGUUAUCUGAACCUGGGCCAGCGCUGCACUGAAUCCACAUUCAACCCGUGUCGGGUAUUGUUUUCCGCUUGCAUCGACCGCGUUUGCAAAUGUGUCUCCGGAUACGUCAGAGACGGAAACGAAUGCGUGCCCGCUACUCAGAAGUCAGCCGGACUUGGCGAUCCGUGCAAAAAUAAUGAAGCGAAUCUGUGCCGAGUUGCAAACUCAGCCUGCAUUAACGGAAGCUGUCAGUGUGCUGACGGUUACGCGCAGAACGAUCAGGAAUGUCUACGUCAGACCAAAACCCUCGAACUCGACGACGAUUGCAUGAUAUCAGCAAACUGCAAAGUUCCGAAUUCGGACUGCAUUGACCACGUGUGCCAAUGUGUCAGCGGCUACCAGAAGGUCGGCAACGAAUGCCAUGUCAGCGAGCAUCGGCCGGAAAGAAAAUCUGUUCAAGACACUGACCAAUGUCGCAAGGACAUCGAUUGUCCUGAAAACGGGCUUUGCGUUGCCGGACAGUGUCGCUGCCCGAGAGGCUUCGUGCAAUCUGGUGACUUCUGCCAGCCGACCGAGGCCAAAUCGUUACUUGGCGGAGGAAAUGAUGAGGAAUUGCGAAAACUUGAAUUUCCGCACAUCGACGUCUCAAAAGUUGAAAAUGCUCAACUAGGGGCCAAUUGCAGCGCCGUCGAUCAGUGCAUGGCCGCCUAUUCGAUGUGCAUCGACGGAAAAUGUGCCUGUCGUUCUGGUUAUGAUCGGCACGACGGGACCUGUCAGCCAUCAGGUAUCGCAGAGAAGUAA